ACAAGGUCUCAUUCGCCUUGCCAAGUUUUUUGGGGAGCUGCUAGCGCGCGCACGCGCACGCGCACUGACAGACAUUCCGGACAGCUCGUGCUCUCGGGCCAGCACCAGGCAGCACCAGUCGCUGUGCACCACACGCUGACGACGACAUCCUUGCCGCUCCCACGGCUGUUGGGCCGAGUGUUUGUUUCCUCGACAACGACCACGACACCUUCAGCAGCACCAUGUAAACCUCAUUGCCACAAGCAGUCCAGUAGCUCCAUCACAACAAGGAUUUAGUCAGCGCUGGGUGGAUGCUGGAUGCUGGAUGCUGCACAGGCUGCUGGGACUUACUACGCCCUACUUUUUCUCCGACCUCGUGUGUCAGCAGUUCAAUGUUGCCUCCUCUUACUCCAUCCUUGACAAGGUCGGCCAGACAACCUGUGCUGUGACCGAGGGGUACCUCCGUUUGUGAGUGCGAGGAUAGCUACAAGAAUGGGGAAAAUAAUGUCCAACUGUCCACCCUUGGUCAUGCUGAGAGUGGCUCACAGAAUCGCCGUCUGCAUCCUCCUGGCUGACGUCAUCUCCUCCCGGUGUGUACCUCCAGAAGCUCCGGCCAACAUGACGAGACGAGAGCGACUCAACUGUAUGCUGAACCAGUCGACGUACGAUGCACGGGUCCCACCCGACUACGAAAAAAAUGUUCCAACCAAUGUCACCAUCAAGAUCCAUCUGCUCAGCUUCGACUCUGUCAGCGAAACCCGAAUGGACUACUCGGUGGAGAUGUUCCUGACGGAGGAGUGGUAUGACGAGCGCCUCCACUUUCUAACCACGGACUCCGAGCGACUGGAGGUGGACAGCAAGAUGAUGGACAACGUGUGGGUGCCCGACGUCUUCUUCCGCAACGAGAAAGAGGGCAACUUCCACGAGGUGACGGUGCCCAACAAGUACAUGCACCUCAAGCCCUCCGGCCACGUCAUCUACAGCAUGCGGCUGUCACUGACACUCAACUGUCGCAUGGACCUCAACAAGUACCCGCUAGACAGCCAGCGCUGCCCCAUGUUGAUCCAGAGCUACACGUACACCACAGACAAUGUGAUGUUUUACUGGGACAAAACGCAGCCUAUCCGGUUCGACGACGACCUCAACCCGGCGCAGGAGCUGCCACAGUUCAUCAUCAGGGGGAGCGAGACGACGGCCUGCGAGACGAAGCCAGACAAGACAAAGCCAGAGAACACUGGAACGGAACCAACCUUUGCCUGUAUCACGGCCUUCUUCACGCUGCAACGUGACAUCCGCUACUACAUCAUUCAGAUCUACGUGCCGUCCAUUCUGAUCGUGGCGCUGUCGUGGGUGUCCUUCUGGCUGGACCUGGACGCCAUCCCGGCGCGCGUGUCGCUGGGUGUGCUCACCGUGCUCACCCUCAACACGCACGGCUCCACCAUCCAGGCAUCGCUUCCUAAGGUGUCCUACAUCAAGGCCAUUGAUGUGUGGGUGGUCAGCAGUCUUAUUUUUGUGUUUUCCGCUUUCCUGGAGUUUGCUUACGUCAACGUCUUGGCUCGGCGAGGAGACAAGGAGGUGACCAUGGCGCAGGUGUUCAUGUGCAAGCAGCAGGACGACUCGGUGCACUCACAGGUAAAUGGAACAAGUUCACCCAAGUUUGUGGUGAGUGGCGAGGUGAGUAGACACACGAGUGAAAACAUCAAGAGCACUGCACGCGCCAAGGCGCGCCGGGUGGACAAGAUCUCACGAAUUCUUUUCCCGGUGACGUUCGUCACAUUCAAUCUUAUCUACUGGAUCUUCUACAUUUACUGGUGAGUGGUGAGGGGAGUACACACACGACUGAAGACACCAAGACCACUGCCCACACCAAGGCUCACCCACUGGACAAGGUGUUCUUUUCUCGGUGGCGUUCAUCACAUUCAGUCUCUUUUACUGGAUCGUCUGCACUUUUCAGUUAGGAUUCUGACUGUGCUGCCAUUAUCUUGAUUAUCUUUGUCUUCACCGUGAGACACUUUAUCUCCCUCUGUGUAACACAUUGCAAUAUUUCUUCACAAAGACUUCGAGAACGCCUUACAGAAUUUGUCGACAAAUGUCCAAAUUGAAGUCCUCUCAAUAGACGCGGAUGUCUUUUUGCACAUCUGUGGAUGAUUAAAGGCCUGGUUCUCCCUCGAAGGAGAAGAAACUGCAGGUGAGAAACUUGAGGACGUUUGUGGAGUCAUGGAGACAGUUCAGUUGUCACAGAGGGCCACCACAAUAUGCAUUUUAAUUGAAACGGUUUUGUACAAACAGCCUCUCAGAAUGUGUCUCACAAUGAAUGUUUUAAAACUCAGUAAUUUAAACAGUUUCUGUCCUGUGAUGUAUUAUAUAGCGAGUGCUUACAAAGUCACGAGAAUUUCAAAACUGCUGACACUUUUAUUUUAAACUAAAGCCGAGACACAGCUACAGAUCCUGAUUGUGUCAUCAAACAUUGUUUACAGACAGAGAGACUAUCUGAAAUGCACUAAGGAAGACACGUGUGACGCGGUGAUUUAGUGGUGAUUCAGCGGUGAUUAGUGGUGAACCGGGUCAAAAAGGUCAAUCAAAAGCAAAGGCUUGUUGGACGAGUUGUGUCACCUGUCACAUGUCAAGUGUCAGUUACUCUUCCAAACGUCGUAACGUGAUCACGUGUGUCACAGGGAGACGUGUGUGCUAAUCAUCGCCGUGUCCUCCGCAUGCUGGCAGGGCGGCAGGAUGUCACUCAAAAUGUCAUGACCUGACUAAGUACAGGUGUCAGCAGCUGUGACACUGGGCAGUGACACGGACAAACUCUGCUCCUAUAUUCCUCUACUUGUCCGUGUUUUCUAUAAAAAUUUACUCUCACUGAACUUGAUGACAGCCGUUACGACUUUUGCUGUUCUCCAAGUGUCGGGAGAGAAGUGGGCGCCACCCCAGUCACCAAGGUGGACAAGCUGUCUGUGUCCACGUGUGUGUGUGAGAGUGUGUGAGAUUCAGUUCAGGGUAGCACUACUUAAGUAUUGUUGGAUACGAAUUCUCAUUGGGUACUCUCUCAAACUAUAACAUUUCAAAGGAUACCCUCUCAUAUAACAAGUUUGUCCAGAUUUGCUGUGUCGUGUAGUAGAGCUACCUCAAAGUUUGCUCUGCCUAGUAGAUUUUUCCCUUUUAAUUUCAAGCUUCUCCUGAUCUUAGAACUGAUAAAAUCAACAUGCUCCGGAUCAAGCAUACUCAAACCAUUGUUCUUCACCUUCAUUUAGAUAAGAAGAAUAAUAUUCAUGUAGAUGAUAAAUUUGUGCACUUUUUUGCCUCGUUAAACACAAAGAAACAUAUAAAAUCCACAUCGCCGCAUUCUCCUUUUUUAAAUAUAAGAUUUCCUUUGCUGAACCUAAAGUACUUUGAUAUUCUAGGAUGAUUUACUUCACGAGUACAUUCUCAAGUAUAUUGAUCAUAUAGGACGGUUUGCUGUACUAAUUAAAUUAUUAUUAUUAUUAUUAUUAUUAUUAUUAUUAUUAUUAUUAUUAUUAUUUAUUAUUAUUAUUAUUAUUAUUAUUAUUAUUAUUAUUAUAGAAUGCCGGUGAAGAUGCUGAAGUCUUUAGUGAAAUUGUCCUUCAUGAUGAAAAUAAGAACAUUGUUAUAAAUCUGUAACAUCAAGCACAAAAUACGACAUUAGAUGUAUUCGAGAAAUAAAGCGAUUAAUUCUCCGUGAAGAACAAAGCUAAACAACAUAUAAAUAUAAAAGAGACCCUCUAUAACAACGCUUACAGAAUCAACUUCGUCAGAUUACGGGACUUUACGUGACUUCACUCACAGAAUACUCAGUGUGCUGUGAGCAGGCUGACUUUACUCACAGUCAGAAUACUCAGUGUGAUCACAGAGACAUCCAUGUAUAUGCAAGUUGCACUGGGCUUCCUCCGGCUGAUGACAUUAUCUAAAUGACAAAACAAAGGUGUACAGUGUGAAGACUCCCAAUACCGAGAUGCAAUGUCUAUAGUGUCAACAUAUUUGCGAUAUCGCGGUGCGCAUUUAAACAGUUAUCGCUACAUCUUCCAUUCUAAGUAUUCUUGUUAAUUAGAGACAUUCUACAUUCCAUCUGUCAUCUGUUUUGAAGAAUGUCGUCGAUGUGCUGUGAGGAUUUAUUCCACAACGUUGUCGUUAGAUGUCAAUGAAAUAAUCUUCUAGCUUGUCAACUUGUUUACUCGUGUUAAGCUCGUGCACAGUGAGCGGGAGAUGUAGAGGCAGCAAAGCAAGCAAACGAUGACAAGGUGUCAUGACGAUGACUUACAGGUCGUGAUGUGAAGGUAUCAUGAUGACGACGUAAUAAUGAUGACAAAAUAUCAUGACGACAUAGUAUACGAUGAAAAGGUAUCAUGACGACGACUUACAGAUGAUGAGAAAGUAUACGACGACUAGACAGAGACGAUGACAAGGUAUCAGGACGACGACACAGACGAUGACAAGUUAUCAUGACGACGACACAGACGAUGACAAGGUGUCACGACGACAGAACAGCUUGUACAAGACAUCGUGGUAUCAAUACGCCUCCUACUGUCAUUGCUCUCGACAUCAACAUGGCGUCAGUCCUGUUGAGUUUAUUUUUAAACUUUUUGUGGCUUUGUGUCUGUUUGAUGUUUUCAUCACUUGCUGAGUUCACGAAGUUCAAACGCUGCUGAUAUUUUAAUGCUCGUAACAUUCACACAUCUUUUUCACAUAACAUGUCACUUUGAGUCUGUUACAUUGUCAAGGAGACGAUGACAUUUCAACAUUUUUAUUUCUCUGUAAAAAGAAACUCAACCUUUCUUGUUAACCUCUUGACCUCCGGUGUAAGGUCGACUGUUUACUCUGCAUUACUCAUCGAUGGCGUGAGAUGUGUUCUUUUCUCUAGUCAUGCACGGUUAUGUGUUUCCUGUGCUCUGUGACACCACACAGUUACUGUCUGUAACACCACACAGUUACUUCUGUAACACCACAGUUACUCUCUGUAACACCGCACAGUUACUGUCUGUAACACCACACAGUUACUUCUGUAACACCACAGUUACUCUCUGUAACACCGCACAGUUACUGUCUGUAACACCACACAGCUACUGUCUGUAACACCACAGUUACUUCUGUAACACCACAGUUAUUGUCUGUAACAUGGCAGGAUGUUACUGGUUUCAAAUAACUAAAACAUAACUGGCGAAUCACAUGAUUUGACAUUCACAAGAUGUCAAUGAAAAAAAAAACAUUCAAGAAAAAUUCACUGAAGUGUGAAAUCUGAAUCUUUCUAACGAUGCGUAUCCUGUGCAUCACAGUCUCCAACCUUACUUGUCCACGCACAUCCCUGACGACAGCUCAGUCACACGCACACUUCACAGCUACACCUACACACAUCACAUCACACAACAGCAUUACUAUGUAACAUCCAAACAUUGCACAACAAAGAUGAACACAGUGUCUAAGAAGACUCAGGCCGUAUUUUUAGUUAUUUACAUCCUUAGAUACAUUUUCAGAUUUCUUAACACGUUUUCAUGUAUGUCUUGACAAAUAUCUUUUUCACAGAGAUUUUUUGAUGUUUUAUUCACUUGGUGUUUUUGACACUCGCAUACUUCUUGUCUUCAUCACGAGUUUCAUUCGUCCUCACGUGUUAAAGGUCACGCCACGUCUCGUGCUGACGUGCACACGCCACUACGUUGACGACACAUGCUGCAUGCACCCGGUCCACACUGAUGUGACUUUAGAGCAGGGGUGGGCAAUUAAUUUUCCCAAGGGGCCGGAUGAGAAACUGGAAUGGUUCUAGAGGGCCGGACUAAUAUAGUUAACUCAGUUUUACCCAAUACUGUAUACAUAGUAUAUUUACUGGUGGGCGGCCAGCGGGCGGGCCGGUCAGAGACGUUUGCCCAGGUCUGCUUUAGAGUACCCCGAUUCAAGUUUAUUAUGAGCAUGUUGUUUUCUCUCUUUCUUUCUCUCUCUCACACUUACACAAACAUCCUUUCUUAUCCGUCUCUCUCUCUCCCUGUCUGAGAGAGAGAGGAGGGGUGGAAACAUCGUACUGAUACGCGCGUACGAGAGAGAGAGAGAGAGAUGUGCACAGAGGCAGAGAUGUAGACUGGAAGCCUCUCUAGAACUGAAUGGAGGGAAAGUGUGAGAGAAAUGCUUACAUAACAAUUAACUGGCGAUUGUUGUUGUCGGGUCUCGCCAUGAUAGACGCUCAGUGGCUGGCAGGUCUGUUGUCCGGUACAUGCCUCGUCAUGACAAAAGCUGCCCUACCCCACAAAUGUUUUCUCACACCAACGACUGUCACCCCAUCCCUCUGUCUGGUCAUCUGUCGCCGCACCAGACGGUGCGCUGUCGUCUAGAGAAACUAGUUGCAGAUGACAAGCUUGUGGGCCUCGUGCAUGUCACGUGCCUCCUGUCGUGCCACGUCUUUCUCCACACUAUGCAAAACUCGUCGCUUAGUUUCCUCCUUCCAUCUUUCUAAUACCCACAUUCUUGGCGCCUACCCGUUUGUAUCUUGCACAUUCUUACCUUAUGUUGGUUCUCUACCACACUCAUCUGAGCCUGCUCCAGCUGCGUACCCUGCUGAAGGUCUUUGUACCCUCUCCAAGUCCUCUGUGGAUGCUGUUAACCUGUGAAUGUGACGUACACCCCAGACCUCCUUGCUGUGUGCGGACAUCCCUCCCAUUGCCACCCGUUGUGCUCAGCUGUUGGCACUGAGCGGGUGAGCACCUCCUCACCAAAUGGUUUCAGUGUCGUCAGCACCGUGCAUGACAUUGCUGAUGUGUUCAUAUGUUGUUACACUGGACUGUUACAUUUCUACACUUUUAAGCCGUUAAUCAAAGUUCUCUGAAAACACACGUGUAUGUGUGUGUGCGUGUGUGUGUGUGAGAGAGAAGAGAGAGAGAGAGAGAGAAAGAAUAAAGAGAAGUGUAUGUGCGCGUGCGUGCGUAUGAGUGAAGGAGCGCGUGUUUCAAGUAGCUAGACGGUCCUGAAGCAUCACACCCACCAAAAAGAUUUUUGUGAUAUUUUCAUGUUUCUCACUUGUUACUUUCAAGUUAUACUGCACCACAAGCGCUGUUGCUGUGGGUUUUGUCCCUCAACCCGGGGUGAGGUGUACUGCUAGUGAGGGUGUGACGGCGUGCACUCAGAAGUUCGUGUCACCGAGAUGUUGCAAGUGUCGUUCUCAAACUGUUCUUGUAAAUAUGUUUUCUGCCUACACUUAGUUGUUUUAUGCUAAUGUUGUAGAAAAAAAGCAAAUUUGUUGCAAAAUAUUAAAAACUGGAUUGAAA